AUGAAAAUGUUCACACAUUUUAAUGUGAGCAUACAGACGAAAAACAACAAGAUGGAAAGUGGAGGUGUUAAACGUCGACGAAACAUUCGAGAAAAGGGGAAAUCGUCGGACAGUAGCGAUGGUUCAGAUAACGACGAAGAAACUAGAGAGAAACUGGAAGCUUUACGAACAUUGCAGAAAAUGAGAUCCAGGCAACAUGGAGUCAGUGCUGCUGGUUUGGCUUUGGGGAAGAAAAUAGCCAAAACAGAAGAGGUGUCAGAUGCAGACCCAUUCAAAAUGAACACUGGAGGCAUUGUGGAUAUGAAAGCUUUAAAGAAAAAGCCAUUGAAGGGCGAGGCAGCAGAAGCAAUCGGAACAGCCUUUGCAGCGGAAACAAAUAGGAGAGAUGAAGAUGCAGAAAUGCUAAAGUAUGUAGAAGAGGAACUGGCACGGCGGAAGGGUCAUCACAAGGAGGAGGAAGGUCACAUUGACAAGCAGAAGACCCAAGCUGAUUCUUUGUAUGAUUUACCAGAACAUCUCAAGAAAUAUUCCUCAGAGAAAAAAUCUGAAGACAUGUUGUCCAAUCAGAUGUUGUCUGGUAUUCCGGAGAUCGACCUGGGCAUUGAGGCCAAAAUCAGAAACAUUGAACAGACAGAAGAAGCCAAACAGAAACUUCUGGACGAGAGGAAGCGACAGCGUGAAAACAUGCCAUCUGAUUUUGUACCGACGAAUGUAGCUGUAAAUUUUGUCCAGCACAACAGAUUCAACAUUGAUGAUAACAAACCUAAGCAGGUGAAAAAAGUUGAGCUGCCAAAACCAGAGCCCCUAAGAGUGGGGGAUAUAGACAAGGACGCUGUCGAACCAGAAACUGAUGAUAAUACAUCAGACAAAAAGAAGAAGAAGAAGACAACAGGAGAGAAAGCAACAGAUGAUUUCCACUUUGAGAAGUUCAAGAAGCAGAUGAGGAGAUUCUGA